AUGACCGAUCCCCCGUGUUGUAUUGUAUUUGAGCAUGAGUUUGUCUCAUUACAGGUGCCACCAAGGUCGCUAAGGUCGAACCUACCAUCACACAAGAUUGACGAUCCGGGGAAAAAUCGUUCUCGAGAUAUGUGCAUGCGUCUCGGAUCACGAAAUUCACCUGAUCUGAUCACACUUUCUGACUAUUUCUUGAUGGGACCCCAUGGAUAUCGAGCUACCCUACCGGAUGUCACCACAACAAUUGCCCCCAUAUAUAUCUCCCGAUUAUCUGACGACCACUUAUUUCUCGGCUCGGCUCAAUGUGUUACCGAAGGGCUUCUCUUCACCGUUGGCUCGUUGAUUGCCUGGAUUAUCUAG